GGAUGAUCUAGUUACUUCUUCGCAUCUCCCUUGUAUAUUUUUUCCUCUGCCUUGUCUGUAUUUUGUUAUAUCUUCUGAAACUCUGAUCUCUGAAUCAUAUAUACAUAUACCAUCAGUAUAGUAGCGGAGCGGAGGCCCGGCCGGCAUGGGAGAUUCAUCUGCGUCCUAUAUUCGCACGAUGGGGCAGGUGCAUCAUCUGAUAGAAGAGUGUAUCUUAUUCAACAUGAGUAAAGAAGAGUGCAUGGAUGCUCUCUCCAAGCAUGCAAACAUCCAGCCAAUCAUUACUUCAACAGUGUGGAAGGAGUUGGAGAAGGAGAACAAGGACUUCUUCGAGGCCUACACCAAGAAAAGACAAGUCCGAGCUCCCAAUACUGCUGGAGACAGUUGAUCAAUUACUUCAAUGGCUGGAUCUGUAAUUAGGUAAGUUAAAGUAAUUCCAGAUAACAAAGAAGGAAUAACGAUCGAGCUCAUCGGAUUUCAGUCUGUGGGGGAUGGGGGAUUGGGAUGCGUGAAAGCUUUGUGGGAUCGGAUCACCAUAGCUUGUCGUUGCACGUGGCUAACACGUGGCGCUGCUUUGUCCUGUUUCGCCUAUAUGAAUUCCCUCUCUAUAUGUGGGAGUAUAUUUUUUCGCCC